CCGGUCUGACUGGCCCCACACCGGCCGCGCGGGUCCGCUGGCCUCUGGACCGCGUCUGAUUGGACCCCCCCCCCCUUCCCGGAGGCGCCCCCUGCCCCCGAGCGCGAAGGACGAGGGGUGCGGGCCCGGCCGCCCCAGGCGGAGCUCGCCAGCGCCAGGCCCUGCGCCGAGAGCGCACGUCCGCUGUGACCCCGCACACAGCGACCCCAGGGCGUGGCAGGCGCCAGGCGCCACCUAGGACAGGAAGCUGGGGGAGGUGGGAGGGCCGAGGAUGCGGCCCCUGAGAGACGGGGGGUUGUCCACAGGCCCCCCCCCCGCGACCAGAGCAAAACUAGUUUCAGAAAUGAGCAGGAAACGCCACUUGUGUAUGAAACUCAUGUUGCCAGUAGUGAGAUAAGUAAGUUUUAUCGGCAAAGGUAUGCAAACCAAACAUCUUUCAUCAGUUAGAAACACAGUAAGCCUCCGAGCAGAGCAGCGUGCUCAGUAAUGCCCUGGUCUCUGCCUGCGGGCAAGAGGCUCAGGUCACCGUGCAGCCCUCUCCCUCUGCUUCAAAGCGGUGGUUUUGAGACUGUGGGUGACGCCCAGGCCCCAGAUCAUCUGCGGGCCUGACCCAGGCUCCUGUCCUGCAUUCCGUUGACCUGCCGGCUCCCGGAGGGCCUGGACAUGCCCCAGAUGGGUCAAGGCUGAAUCAGCCAGGCUGGCAGGGUCCCCGGGAGCCCAGGCCUGGCCACCGCCCAUCCAGGAAAGGAAAGGUGGGUGGCCGCUGUGCUGCAGGAUUGGGGCCUCCUGGCAUCUUGGGCACCCUGUCUUUGAGCCCCGCCCGAGGCCCCGCCCCUCCCCAGGAGGAAAAAGUCAGCUACUGGAGGCUCAGCUCACAGGCGCAAGGACCUGGGCAAGAGGACAGCUCGCCGCCACCGCAGCUCCAGCAGGGCCAUGGACCCCCAUGAGACACUCGUCAAGAACCCGUAUGCCCACAUAAGCAUCCCGAGGGCUCACCUGCGGCCUGAGCUGGGGCAGCAGCUGAAGGCGGGCUCAUCCUCCGCAGAGUCACAGCCUCUGCCGAUGAGCUCCUGCACCCUGGAGCCUCUGGAGGAGGCCCCAGGGCCCAAGGGCGCCAAGGAGGCUGCCUCCGUCCGGGGCCAGCCAGCCUGUCAGCAGCCCUGCAAGCCCUGUGGCAGCGGGCAGCGCCCGGCAGGACUGGCCUACGCCGGCCCGCCGCCCGUGGGGCGCGGCGACGACAUUGCCCAUCACUGCUGGUGCUGCCCCUGCUGCUCCUGCUGCCACUGCCCCCGCUUCUGCCGCUGCCACAGCUGCUGCUGCGUCGUCUCCUAGCCCGGCCCCCGCUGGCCCCGAGGCCUGGCGCCGCCAGCCGGCCUCCGCUCAGGUGGCCAUGGCCAGGGCCUGGACAGUUGGGACCGCCACUGUGGCGUCGUCACGGGCACUGGCUGCUCCCCUCCCUGGACAGCUGCACCCAACCCACCGGGAAGGCUGACGUCGGCCCAGGCCCCUGGAAUGGAGCCCUGGGCACUGCCCGUGCUGGGGGCACCCUUGACCGCCUCUUCGAGGCCCAGGCCCAAGCAAUAAAGCUGUGCG